UUGUUAAAGAUGGUUUUGACAUAGUUUUCAUGAACAAUUUUAUAAAUCGUUUGCUUUAAAGAGAAAUGUCGGAUUUUUCAAUUGUGUUUUGGGCAGUCUUGUAAUCUAGAUUGCUUUCCACUAUAAAUCACAGCACUGUUGCAAGCCUUUUCUUAGCGUAGAACAGACAUUUUCGCCAUGAUAAAGCGUUUAAAAUAUGUAUGAUUAAAGGAUAUCUGAUUGAAAUAUCGGUGAUAUUUGUAUAGGGUAAGAGUUAGACCUGUGGCGGGUUAAUGCAACUAAUUUAGCUAAAAUUACUGUAGAAACAAGAAAAUUUCUCGAUCAAUUCAUAGAGGAAGAUGUGAGACGUACCAAAGUCGGUAUGCGAGGAUUUUUGAGUGGAUUAUAGAGCGAUUUGUUGGAUCGAAAUGUUUUGUUUCAGAGAGAUAUGAGAAACAGUUAGCGGGUUUUAUUGAUAAAUAUUUAGAAACUUUUAACAAUGAUAUUUAACUUUAAAAGUGUCUACGAAUUUAAAUUAAAUUUACUUUUGAUUGUGGAGUAAAAUUCGUUUUGAUAGUGUUUAAUAUGAUGGGAAUUAUUUUUUCUAAAAAUAUUUUCUGAUUUAUCAGAUUAGCAAUUUAUUUGAAAAAUGAACUUUGUGUUGAUUUUAUUACUACAGACUUUAGGUGCAGUGUUUGGUGGACACAUUUUACUCGACCGCUCUUCGACGGUAAAUAAAUUUAACAGAAAGAAUAACAGAAUCAAUUUUAAAGAAAGGAGUAAUAUUAGGGAAGUCAAUGAUAGUGAUGGAGACGGAUAUAAUGAAAUAAAUGGAAAUACAGAUGAAAAAUGGGUUGUUGAUUCGAUAUUUUACGAAGAUUACCAGUCUGAUUCUCCAGCAAAUAAUAUAGCUUCCCUUGAUGUGUGUCCUCCUGUUCCGGAUGUUAUAACAGACGACGCAUGCGCACAAAGUUCUUGUCAAAAAGAUACUGAUUGUUCGGAUGGAUUCAGAUGUUGUUUUACCGGAUGUUCUUUUUCUUGCCUUCCUGAGAUCAAACCAGCCGCACUUGUGGACUGGCGAAAAGAACCAAGAAGAUCAAGAUCUGGAAUAUCCUGGUUGAUCAGCGAACCAAGAGCAGUUAAAUCCUCAUCAGAAGCGGAAGCAUGCAGUACAAGUCCUGUAGAGUCGGAUGAAGAUCCUCUGCUCUGUCCCCAUGGAUAUUUUUGUCACGUGACUGAUCCGGGAAGCCCAAAAGAAGGAAUACCUAAUAGUGGAUAUUGUGUCAAACAUACUGGAGAAAAAUACUCCCUAGGUGAAGAAGAACUAGUAAUUGCGUCGGCAUUGUCAGAAAGGAAAACGUGCAAGGUGGACAAUAUAGUACUAUUAAAUGGUGCAAACAUUGAACUCGGAAAUAAAAAUUGUCGUUGCAAAAAGGGAUAUCUUUCUUGCAAGAAAAGAUUAAGGAAAACUCGAGUCAAGAAGAAAACAAAAGGUGUUAAGAAUAAAACCAAACCACGUGCGACUAAUAAGAAAAACAAACGAGGAAAAGGUAAAAACAAACGGUUAUGAGACUAAAAUGGAAACAAACAUCAUAUUUCACCUCAUUGAAGAUCAGCAACAAAUAUUUCAGAACAAAUCAUAAGGUGUUAAACGACUCAGAAUAUAACAAACAGACUAUGGAAACUGGUUAAGAUGUUCAGCGAAGAUAAUAGCCUGUUUACUGGUUCACAUAUUUCAUAAUCUAAGAUGUAAAGCGAUUCUGAAUAAUAAUUAAACUAUGGAAACAAGUAAACCCGUUCUUUUAUAAAGAAGAUGGUUGAAUCGGAACUAACGGUAAUGAUAUGUGAUGCAAAAAAAAUCAGGUUUUCUACUCAAAUAUAAGACUGUAUUUGAUGCAAAGUUAAACAAGGAAAUAAUUCCAAUAAAUUGUUUAUUUCUAUUCAUUAAUAAAUGAUACAUGUAG